AGUAAUAAGUCCGCUGGUGGAACUAGGUAGCCUGCUAGGAAUUCGAAUAUAUCAUAGUUGCGCUUUAUAUACCACCUUCGGUGGAUUAGAAAUGUCAACGUGAUUCAGAAUAGAGUCAACUAUCAACCAACAUCCUCUUGAAAGGUGAUAUCGCUCUUUUGAUUUGCUGGAGUGAAAUAUUACCCGUAUUAUGUGAGAGUAUAGUUGAGAAAUGGAAUUGUGGUUAUUUGUGUAACCCAAGAGCCCAUAAUUCCCAUCUAAAUGAUUCUAGCAAACGAAGAGCCUCUCUAUCUUAGAGGGUUUAAUCAUGUAUUGGGACGAACCUAUAUAAACCCGGGUUUAGCAAAAGUAUCGACCGAAUUUGAAAGAUAUUUAUAUGCAAGUUGCCCUUUCUAAACACUAGAACUCAACAUGAAAUCCUUCAUAUCCGUUACUGAUAGCUUGCUACGCGCUCGAGUGUCUGUGAUAUUUUGGAUACUCGGCGCAUUAUUCCUGCAGACAUCGACUGUCCACGCUCACACCGAUGCAUUCGAACCUCUAGAGUCGACCAUUGAGAGCGUACGUACUGCGCUUGUCACGAAGUCGACUACUUGCCGUACUGUGGUGUCUUCUUUCCUCUCCCGUAUCGAGAGAUUCAAUCCGACUGUAAACGCAAUCCUUAGUCUUAACCCUGAUGCCCUCGUCGCAGCAGAUGAGUUAGAUAAGAAACUUGCCGCCGGUGACUUAUCAGGCAAGCUUCUCUGUGUUCCCGUCCUGCUGAAGGACAAUUACGAUGCCGUAGGCACGAACACGACAGGAUCCUGUGCCGAUUUAGCUGGCAACCGCCCCACCGUCGAUACCCCUUCCGUCAAGGCACUUAAGAAGGAAGGCGCCGUGAUCCUAGGUAAAACGAAUAUGCAUGAACUGGCGCUGGAGGGCCUCACAGUGUCCUCGCUAGGAGGACAGACGAUAAACCCAUACGAUCAAACCCGGACCCCGGGGGGUAGUAGUGGUGGCACCGGUGUCGCGAUUGCAACUAGCUUCGCAGUCUUUGGCACAGGUACGGAUGCUGUCAACAGCCUCCGUAGUCCGGCAAGUGCGAAUAAUCUCGUCAGCGUGCGUCCGACUUGGGGGCUCAUAUCGAGAGCAGGUAUCAUGCCUAUCAGCUUCACACAGGACAGUAUUGGGCCCAUCGCAAGAAAUAUCCAAGACCUUGCAGUUGCACUAACCGUAAUGGCGAGCGUUGGUGCUGAUGAAACUGAUAAUGCCACACUCCUUGUCCCACCGGAGGCUAGGGGAAUAGAUUAUACACGAGGUUUAAACAACGGAAAACUCAAUGGACUUCGAAUUGGAUUGUUGAACGGAUUCUGGAACCACACGGUAUCUGAUGAGACGACUCCGGUAAUCGACGCUCUAGAAAGCACUAUUGAUUUCCUCAAAUCAGAGGGUGUUGAAAUCAUCAACGUGACAGAACCGAUCUACAACACAUCAUCAAUGGCCGAUUUCGAUGUCCAGCAAUAUGAAUUCAAAGAAUCACUAAACAAUUACCUGUCUAGCCCAAGCCUUACCGGGGAUAGACUGACUACUUGGGACGAGGCAUAUGAGAGUGGAAAAUUCCUGGUUAUUCCUGCCCAAUACAGCUUUGUAAACAACUCUAGGGUUUGGUCGCCAGCUGAUCCGGGAUAUACAACGGCCAAGCAAGGGAUCGAUCGCCUCAAAGCGGCAGUUACUAAAACAUUCGCCAGCAAUAAGCUUGAUGCUGUCAUCUACCCGGAGCAGAGAAAUCUCGUAGUCAAAAUCGGUUCGCCGUCCCAGGCUGGGCGUAAUGGUAUUCUUGCCGCACUGGCCGGCGUUCCCGUGGUCACCGUUCCGGUCGGAUUCUCGCAACCAUCGCCAGAUGCGCCGAUCGGCGUCCCCAUUGGAAUGGAGAUAUUAGGCCUUCCAUUCAGCGAGGAGAAACUGCUUAACAUUGCUAAUCACUUUACUUGCCUUCGACCAUUGCGCAAGACGCCAGCGUUCGCAAACGAUAUCGUGCCGACGAAACCUUAUGUUUCGGUGCCGACAGUGCACCCAAAUAUCUCCAAUAUUUCUCCAGCGUAUCCUCUCGGCGUCCUUUACUAGUAUAGUAGGGGAGUAUAAAGGUUGAGAUAUAUUGAGAUAUUGAGGCUGAUAAAGAUGUUGGGGAGUUACAUGCGGCUAAUUUAAUCCGCCGACGUUCAUGCGAGCAAGGCAGUCGUGGAACGUUCUCGAAGUGCCUUAGAUGUUAUACAUAUACCUAAGUUUGCAGGUUCGCAGGCUCGCAAGUUCGCAGACUGGUUCAAGGGUUUAAGUGAAUGAUCUUCCCGGUGCUUCACCGUGUUGUGCCGAAGACGGCCUGUGACAAGUUAAAACAUACGAAAGAGAUCUCGAUCCCCUUAAAAAUGCCUCGCGUCCUCGCGUCCUCUUGUAUCUAAGUAUAAUGAAGGGUUCUCCCGAACACCACAUUAAGCAGCUAUGUCGUACGGUCGAACGUAGUUUUGGGUAUAGUCCCCGGGAUUCUGACAGCAAGCCACAGCGCACAGUGGGGUUCUUUGCAGCUGCAAUUACCGCCGUUUUAGGCCACGGAACCCUGAAUGCUGUAUGUAAGUGUCGUAGAAAUGUCG